UUACAUUGUAUAUAUAUAUAAUCAUUCACACUUGCCACAAGAUUUGCGAGACUGAAGCUUUGUCCGCAAGCAUGUCCAAAACGAAGAACAAGGCUAAAAGGAAUGGUCUGCCGAAAGGGAAAGGAGGAAACUCAGCUGCAAGAGCUACCGAAGCCGGUCCAUCAUCAGCUCCUACUUCGUCCAGUCUUAUAGACAAAGCGCACGUACUGUUGGCGCAGAGUAAUUUUGAGCUUGCUAUCAAGUUUCUGAAGCGGGCUUUGGAGCUGGAGCCCGCAAACCUUGAAGCGAGAGAGGUUCUUGGGGUGGCAGAACUGGAAGGCGGAGAUGAAGAGCUUGGACGAUCACAUUUACUCCAACUUUUUCCUCCGCAUACCGACGAGCCUCCUCACACGCCGUCACCCUACCUCUACCUCGCUCAAACUGCAAACGAUCCCCGGGAGGCUUUAGGUUACUACUCUACCGCCGCCGCGAUGACUGAACGGGCUUUGGCCGGCCUUUCGAGCCAGAAAGGCAAAGGGCGUAUAUCAAAAGGUCAAGAUGACCAGGAGGAAGAGGUUGCUGCUGCAAAGGCCAUGGCAGUCACUGCUCUGAUAGCGAUGGUUGAGAUUUGGAUGUCGGACCUAUGCUUUGAGCCUGAGGCUGAGAAAAACUGUGACGACCUGAUAUCACGGGCGUUGAGCAUAUCACCAGACGAUUUUGAAGCCAGAUUAUCGCUGGCUUCCAUCCGAAUUAGUCAACAGAGGGCCGAGGAUGCCGUCAAAGUGAUUAUGAACCUGUACGAAGAGCUCGAGGAAAAAGAAGCUUUCGACCCAUCCUUACCCGCCCUCCCAACCCGUUUGAGUCUUGUACGCCUACUUCUUGAAAACAAUCAUCAUCUUCCAGCAUUGUCCAUCGUUACAACAGCUCGAGAAGAGGACUCGCUGGAAGUUGAAUCUGCAUACCUUGAAGGUUGGGCCUGGUAUCUGCGUGCUGAGGCGCUCCUGGGGGACCCUUCGCUUCAGAAAAUCCGUCCGCAAGAGAGCACGACACAGAAGAAUGAAGACGAGGAAGAGGAAGACGGCCCGGAAUCCAUAUCGGCUGAGGCGUGUUUCUCUGAGAGCAUGAGAGCACUGCUCGAAUGCGCUCAACUAUUCUCGGAACAAGACUACCCGGACGAGGGCAUUGGAUCACAUGUCAAGGAGUUGCUGGAGAACUUGGAGAAGAGGGGUGUACAACCUGCCGAGAUGGAAAUGGAGGACCGUGUCGAUGGGCAAGAUGAUCAGGACGGUCGUGAUUGGGAGGAUGUGGAAGAGGUCGAGGAUGUAGAGAUGGAUUGAGGGACUUGUUUCGAUGA